AUGACCGAAAUCACAGCAGCCAACGGCUCCGGCCGGACCGUGCCUCAAGCUAACGGCAAGGCGACAUAUGCCGAGAAGCACAAAAUCGCCGACCAUUUCAUUGGAGGCAACAAGCUGGCCAACGCUCCGGCCUCCAAGGUUAAGGACUUUGUCGCCCAGCAAGAUGGCCACACUGUCAUCACCAACGUCCUUAUUGCCAACAACGGUAUCGCCGCCGUCAAGGAGAUCCGUUCCGUCCGGAAAUGGGCGUACGAGACCUUCGGUGACGAGAGAGCCAUUCAGUUCACUGUCAUGGCAACUCCCGAAGAUUUGGCAGCCAACGCUGAUUACAUUCGCAUGGCUGACCACUACGUCGAAGUCCCCGGUGGCACCAACAACCACAACUACGCCAACGUAGAUCUGAUUGUUGAUAUCGCUGAGCGCAUGAACGUCCACGCUGUUUGGGCCGGAUGGGGUCACGCAUCCGAGAACCCCAAGCUCCCCGAGUCCCUCGCCGCCUCCCCCAAGAAAAUCGUCUUCAUUGGACCCCCAGGAUCUGCCAUGCGAUCUCUUGGUGACAAGAUUUCCUCCACAAUCGUUGCACAGCACGCUGAGGUGCCUUGCAUCCCCUGGUCGGGAACAGGCGUCGCCGAGGUCGAGGUUGACAACAAGGGCAUUGUCACCGUCGCUGACGAUGUCUACGCCAAGGGCUGCGUCACCUCGUGGCAGGAGGGUCUCGAGAAGGCCAAGGAGAUUGGUUUCCCCGUCAUGAUCAAGGCCUCUGAAGGUGGUGGUGGCAAGGGUAUCCGUAAGGCUCUGUCCGAAGACGGCUUCGAGCAACUUUACAAGGCUGCCGCUAGCGAAAUUCCGGGUUCGCCCAUUUUCAUCAUGAAGUUGGCUGGCAACGCGAGACAUUUGGAGGUUCAGCUGCUUGCUGAUCAGUACGGCAACAACAUCUCCCUCUUCGGUAGAGAUUGUUCCGUCCAGCGUCGCCACCAAAAGAUUAUCGAGGAGGCUCCCGUUACCAUUGCCAAGGACAUCACCUUCAAGGCCAUGGAGGAGGCUGCCGUUCGGUUGGGUAGACUCGUCGGUUACGUCUCGGCUGGUACCGUCGAGUACCUUUACUCGCACGCCGAUGACAAGUUCUACUUCCUCGAGCUGAACCCCCGUCUCCAGGUCGAGCACCCUACAACUGAAAUGGUCAGCGGUGUCAACCUGCCCGCCGCUCAGCUCCAGAUUGCCAUGGGUAUUCCCCUGCACAGGAUCCGUGAUAUCCGUCUCUUGUACGGCGUUGACCCCAAGACGUCUACCGAGAUUGACUUCGAGUUCAAGCUCGAGGGUAGCGAGAAGACCCAGCGUCGUCCCAGACCCAAGGGCCACACCACCGCCUGCAGAAUCACCUCCGAGGACCCUGGUGAGGGUUUCAAGCCCUCCAACGGUGUCAUGCACGACCUGAACUUCAGGAGUAGUUCCAACGUCUGGGGUUACUUCUCCGUCAGUACUGCCUCCAGUAUCCACAGCUUCUCCGACUCUCAGUUCGGUCACAUUUUCGCCUAUGGCGAGAACCGUGCUGCCUCCAGGAAGCACAUGGUUGUUGCCCUGAAGGAACUGAGCAUUCGUGGUGACUUCAGGACGACGGUUGAGUACCUCAUCAAGCUUUUGGAGACUGAGGCCUUCGAGGACAACACCAUCACCACUGGCUGGCUCGACGAGCUCAUCACCAAGAAGCUCACCGCCGAGCGUCCUGACCCCAUGCUGGCUGUCGUUUGCGGUGCCGUCACCAAGGCCCAUCUUGCCAGUGAAGACUGCAUGACCGAGUACCGUACCAGCUUGGAGAAGGGCCAGGUCCCUUCCAAGGACAUCCUCAAGACCGUCUUCGCUAUUGACUUCAUCUACGAGGGUUUCCGCUACAAGUUCACUGCUACUCGUGCCAGCACUGACAGCUACCACCUCUUCAUCAACGGCUCCAAGUGCUCCGUCGGCGUUCGUGUCCUCAGUGACGGUGGUCUCCUGAUUCUGUUGGAUGGUCGCAGUCACAGCGUCUACUGGAAGGAGGAGGUCGGUGCCACCCGUCUGUCCGUUGACGGUAAGACCUGCUUGCUCGAGCAGGAGAACGACCCCACUCAGCUGCGCACCCCUUCCCCUGGUAAGCUCGUGAAGUACCUCGUCGAGAACGGCGAGCAUGUCAGAGCUGGCCAGAGCUUCGCUGAGGUUGAGGUCAUGAAGAUGUACAUGCCUCUCAUCGCUUCUGAAGAUGGUAUCGUGCAGCUCAUCAAGCAGCCGGGAGCCACCCUUGAGGCCGGUGACAUUCUGGGUAUCCUUGCUCUUGAUGACCCCAGCCGCGUCAAGCAGGCCCAGCCCUUCGUCGGCCAGCUCCCUACUUACGGUGAGCCGGUUGCCGUUGGUACCAAGCCCGCUCAGCGAUUCGCUGUCCUGCACAACACCCUCAAGAACAUCUUGAACGGUUACGACAACUCCGUCAUCAUGGCUGCUACCCUCAAGGAGCUGAUCGAGGUCCUGCGCAACCCCGAGCUUCCUUUCAGCGAGUGGAACGCUCAGUUCGCUGCUUUGCACAGCCGCAUGCCCCAAAAGCUCGACAGCCAGUUUUCGCAGAUCGUCGACCGCGCCAAGACCCGUCACGCAGACUUCCCUGCCAAGUCCCUGUCCAAGGCCUUCCAGAAGUUCCUCGACGACAACGUCGCCGACGGAGAUGCCGCCCAGCUCAAGGCUACCUUGGACCCUCUCACCGCCGUCCUCGACGCCUAUGCUGAGGGCCAGAAGGCUCACGAGCUUACUGUCAUCAAGGACCUUCUUGCAUCCUACAUUGAGAUUGAGAGUUUGUUCACCGGGCAAGGCGCUCAGGAAGACAGUGUCAUCCUGAAGUUGCGUGACCAGAACAAGGAUGACAUUCGCAAGGUUGUCCAGACCGUUCUGUCCCACAGCCGUGUUGGCGCCAAGAGCUCCCUCAUCUUGGCCAUCCUUGAGGAGUACCGCCCUAACAAGCCCAAUGUUGGAAACAUUGCCAAGUACCUCCGCCCUGCUCUGCAGCAGUUGACUGAGCUCCAGUCUUCUCGCACAACCUCCAAGGUGUCUCUCAAGGCUCGUGAGAUUAUGAUCCAGUGCUCUCUGCCAUCCCUCGAGGAGCGUACCUCCCAGAUGGAGCACAUUCUCCGCUCCUCUGUUGUUGAAUCCCGGUAUGGUGAGGCUGCUUGGGACCACCGUGAGCCUAGCCUGGACGUUAUUAAGGAGGUUGUCGACUCCAAGUACACCGUCUUUGACGUCCUGACUCUCUUCUUCGCCCACGAGGAUCCUUGGGUCUCCCUCGCCGCUCUUGAGGUCUAUGUUCGUCGCGCCUACCGUGCUUACAUCCUUAAGCAGAUUGAGUACCACUCUGACGAGACUGACACUCCUCUCUUCUGCACCUGGGAUUUCGCUCUCCGCAAGAUUGGCCAGAGUGAGUACGGCCUGCCUCUGCAGUCCGCCGCGCCUUCCUCCCCUGCUACUCCCAGCGGCGGUUCCUUCGACUUCAAGCGCAUCCACUCCAUCAGCGACAUGUCCUAUCUCAACCACAAGUGGGACUCCGAGCCUAACCGCAAGGGUGUCAUCGUCCCUGUCAAGUACCUUGACGACGCCGAGGACCUCCUCGCCAAGGCCCUUGAGACCCUCGCUGUGUCUGACAAGGCCAGGAAGCGCAGCACUCCCGGUCUCAUUCCGGACCUGAGCGGCAAGCGCAAGCCUGCUGCCCCCAAGGUUGACACCGACGAGCUUUCUGCUGUCAUCAACGUCGCCGUUCGUGACUCCGAGAGCAAGAGUGACCAGGAGAUUCUGUCUCGCAUUGUUCCCAUUGUCGAGCAGUUCAAGGAGGAGCUUCUGUCUCGCAACGUCCGUCGCAUCACGUUCAUCUGUGGUCGCAACGACGGAUCCUACCCUGGCUACUACACCUUCCGUGGCCCUGAGUACGUUGAGGAUGACAGCAUUCGUCACAGCGAGCCUGCUCUUGCCUUCCAGCUUGAGCUCGGCCGUCUUGCCAAGUUCCACAUCAAGCCUGUCUUCACAGAGAACAAGAACAUCCACGUUUACGAGGGUAUUGGCAAGGCUGUUGACGGUGACAAGCGCUACUUCACUCGUGCUGUUAUCCGACCUGGCCGUCUCCGUGAUGAGAUCCCUACUGCUGAGUACCUGAUCUCCGAAGCUGACCGUGUUAUCAACGACAUUUUCGACGCCCUCGAGAUCAUUGGCAACAACAACUCUGAUUUGAACCAGAUCUUCAUCAACUUCACUCCUGUGUUCCAGCUGCACCCCUCGGAGGUCGAGAGCAGCCUCCAGGGUUUCUUGGACCGCUUCGGUGCUCGUGCUUGGCGCCUUCGUGUUGCCCAGGUUGAGAUCCGCAUUAUUUGCACCGACCCCCAGACUGGUGUCCCCUACCCUCUGCGUGUCAUCAUCACCAACACCUCUGGCUACGUUGUUGAUGUCGACAUCUACGCUGAGCGUAAGUCCGAGAAGGGCGAGUGGGUCUUCAACAGCAUCGGCGGUACCAAGGAGAAGGGCCCCAUGCACUUGCUGCCCGUCUCGACCCCUUACGCCACCAAGAACCCUCUUCAGCCCAAGCGUUACAAGGCUCACUUGAUGGGUACCCAGUAUGUUUACGAUUUCCCUGAGCUUUUCCGCCAGGCUAUCCAGAACAGCUGGUCCCAGUCCGUCAAGAAGCACGGUGCCCUGGGAGGUCAGCAGCCCAAGACUGGCGACUGCAUCUCCUACACCGAGCUCGUGCUGGAUGACAAGGACAACCUGCAAGAGGUCAACCGCGAGCCUGGUACCAACACCUGCGGUAUGGUCGGCUGGAUCUUCAAUGCUAAGACUCCUGAGUACCCUAAGGGUCGCAAGUUCAUCGUCGUUGCCAACGAUAUCACCUACAUGAUUGGUAGCUUCGGUCCCAAGGAAGACAACUUCUUCUACAAGUGCACCGAGCUCGCCCGCAAGCUCGGCAUUCCUCGCAUCUACCUCUCUGCCAACUCUGGUGCUCGCCUUGGUGUCGCCAACGAGCUUAUGCCCUACUUCAAGGUUGCCUGGAACGACGCCAACAAGCAAGAUGCCGGCUUCAAGUACCUGUACCUCGAUGACGAGGCCAAGAAGCGCUUCCAGAAGGACGUCAUCACCGAGGAGGUCUCCGAGGACGGCGAGAAGCGCCACAAGAUCGUUACCAUUGUCGGUUCGGAGGACGGUCUCGGUGUCGAGUGCUUGAGAGGCUCUGGUCUUAUUGCCGGUGCCACCAGCAAGGCCUACAAUGACAUCUUCACCAUCACUUUGGUCACCUGCCGCUCUGUUGGUAUUGGUGCCUAUCUCGUCCGUCUCGGACAGCGUGCCGUCCAGAUUGAGGGUCAGCCUAUCAUCCUCACUGGUGCCCCUGCGUUGAACAACGUUCUUGGUCGUGAGAUCUACACUUCCAACCUUCAACUUGGUGGCACGCAGAUCAUGUACCGCAACGGUGUGUCCCACAUGACUGGUACCGACGACUUCGAUGGUGUCUCCAAGAUCGUUGAGUGGAUGUCCUUCAUCCCCGAGAAGCGUGGCAGCCCCAUCCCUGUCAGCCCCAGCGUUGACGCUUGGGACCGUGAUGUCGUCUACACACCUCCUCAGAAGCAGGCUUACGACGUGCGCUGGAUGAUUGGUGGCCGCACUGACGAGGACGGCGGCUUCGAGCCCGGUCUGUUUGACAAGGACUCCUUCGUCGAGACUCUCGGCGGCUGGGCCCGCACCGUCGUUGUUGGUCGCGCUCGCCUUGGUGGUAUCCCCAUGGGUGUCAUCGCGGUCGAGACCCGCUCCGUUGAGAACAUUACCCCUGCUGAUCCCGCCAACCCCGACUCCAUCGAGCAGGUCACCAACGAGGCUGGUGGUGUGUGGUACCCCAACUCCGCCUUCAAGACUGCUCAGGCCAUCAAUGACUUCAACAAUGGUGAGCAGCUGCCUCUCAUGAUCCUCGCCAACUGGAGAGGUUUCUCUGGUGGUCAGCGUGACAUGUACAAUGAGGUUCUCAAGUACGGUUCUUACAUCGUCGAUGCCCUCGUCAAGUUCGAGCAGCCCAUCUUUGUCUACAUUCCUCCCUUCGGUGAGCUCCGUGGUGGUUCCUGGGUCGUCGUCGACCCCACCAUCAACCCUACCGUUAUGGAAAUGUAUGCCGAUGUUGAUGCCCGCGGUGGUGUCCUCGAACCUGAGGGUAUCGUUGGUAUCAAGUACCGCAAGGACAAGCAGCUCGAGACCAUGGCUCGUUUGGACCCCGUCUAUGCCUCUCUUAAGAAGCAGAUGACCGCCGACCUGCCCAAGGAGCAGGCCGACGAGCUCAAGAAGAAGAUGACCAUCCGCGAGAAGCAGCUCCUGCCUGUCUACUCCCAGAUCGCUCUCCAGUUCGCUGACCUUCACGACCGUGCCGGCCGCAUGAAGGCCAAGGGCGUCAUCCGUGACCAGCUUGAGUGGACCAACUCUCGUCGCUACUUCUACUGGCGUCUGCGCCGACGUCUCAACGAGGAGUACCUCCUCCGCCGCAUGUCCUCCAGCGUCGUGGCUUCCAACGCCGGCUCUGAGACCGCCAAGCCUGAGGCUCGCCAGCGCAACAUGCAGCUCCUCGAGUCUUGGUCUGGUGUCAUCAACUUUGAGAACAACGACCGCGAGGUUUCUGAGUGGUACGAGGCCAACCGCAAGUCCAUCACGGACAGAAUUGAGGCCGUCAAGGCUGAUAACCUGGCUUCUGAGCUGAGCUCAAUCUUGCGAGCCAACAAGAACGCUGGUAUGCGUGGUGUUCGCGACGUUCUUCGCACCAUGCCCCCUGAGGAGCGUGACCAGCUCCUCAAGUACCUGCGCGAUUAA